AAGGUGCCUUCCUCGCGUAGCCUCAGUUAGUUUAAAAAGAAUUCCAGCUGUCCGAUUUGUCGAGCGCUCCAGAACGAGCGAGGACGAGAAUGCCCUACGGAAAGUUGCACGUUCUCCCGUUGAGCCUUUUUAUCUUGAUUCCAGUGACGUUUCUCAUUACGUACACGAUGUCGGUGCAGUGGGACCAUGUGGUACCGGGAUUUCCAUACAUAUCGGAAACAGGCACCCUGUCUCCGGAAUCCUGUAUAUUUGCCCAAUUCCUUAAUAUAGCCGCGUUGCUCCUCGCCUGUUGCGUGUACAUCAGACAUCGACAAGUUUCCCAAUGGCAAUUGGAAAGGGGUAACGAUCUCGUUAGCAAGAAAGUCGUUGUUAUGACGGCAUGGUGCGGCGCCUUAGCCUGUUUCGGACUAGACAUUUUGGCGAAUUUUCAAGAAGCCCGGGUAGUCGCGGCUCACAUGAUCGGGGCAAUGACGUGCUUCACAGCUGGAACCAUUUACUUUUGCCUUCAGACGUAUCUGAGUCAGAAAAUGGUGCCAGCAGUGAACGGAAGGAUAGUGGUAUACAUUCGCGCAAUUCUCUCGGUUCUGACGUUAAUUCUAACCAUCACCACGAUCUUGCCCGGCUACAUUUCAAUGUUAGAGUUCCAAGGCAACGAUUACAAGAAAUGGCUGCCAACGGACGGUGGCUGGGGCUGGCACGUCGCUAGCGCCAUUUCCGAAUGGGUCCUCGCGAUUGUUUAUUGCAUUUUCCUCCUCACCUUCGUGCCGGAGUUCCGAUUAAUCAACUUCGAGGAUCCUGUGGUUACGCUGAUAUACCUAGACAAGAAUCAAGAUUUGAAAUUGCCGCACAAGCUGAGCCCGCAGGUUCAAGAUACUUAAAAAUUCCACGAAUGUUUACGCUGCUAUUGAGUAUUAAAUUAUGUUUCCUCUUUAAUGUGCGCGAUGCAAAAUAAUUUUAAUUAAUGCUACUUUCUA